UCGUCAAUGUCUGCUCCUUUCGAAAUUUAAGAGAUUUGAGAAAGAUUAAAAAAAAGAGAGAGGGAAAAGAACAGAAUAAGGGAAGCCCUUUUUGCUAACUUUAUUUCUUCAUCUUUACUACGACUCUGUUUCCAUACCCUGUCUCAGAGUCUAAAACAUUUUUCUACCAUGGAACAUUCCCCACGACACAGUCAACAUGCACCUGGACCUUCUUCUGCUUUUACACUCACCAAUCUUCCAUCAUCAUCAUCAUCAUCAUCUUCUUCUUCUAGUUCAAGAGUCCAUGAAGAAGGAGAAAAUAAUGGCCAAAGAAAUGAUGAAAACUUGCACCACCAAGAGCAGGAGCAAGAGCAACAACGGUCUGGGGUAUCUUAUCACCUGAAUAUAUCGAUAUCCAAUGUGGCCAGGAUUGAUAUGAGGGAUGAUGUUUGGUCUUGUUUGGUUGUGCUUGUCACAUUUUGGUUUUUUGCAUCCAUGACUCUGAUUCUGGGUUAUUACGGAUCUGUGACUUUAGAAUUGGGUCCGAAUGGCUCACGCCUUAUACAAACUAACCCUUUCUUAGUUCAGUCUAUCAAGGUGAAAGAAUUGAAUAAGCAAAAACCUGGGCUAAUGCUGUAUGGAUUUCGCAGACCACCUCCCUCAGAUGUUGAAAUCUCCUGGACGGAAACACAUGAUGCAUUUGUGCCAGCAAAUUUACAUAAGGAGUGGCUAUUCUUCUUAAACAAAGGGUCUAAAGUGAAUAUUUCGUACGCUAUAAGUUCCACCAGUUCCUCACCUUUAUCCCUUGUCAUUGCUCAAGGUACACAAAGCCUUGUUGAUUGGAUAGAGGAUCCAUCAUAUCCUAAUUUAACUUUGUCGUGGAAUAUUAUAUAUGGUAGUGGAAAGAUCCAACAGGAGAUUCCAAAGUCUUCUAAUUAUUAUAUUGCUGUGAGGAAUUUGAACUGUGAGGAAGUGGAGAUACAGCUGCAGUUCUCAUUCAAUGCUCUCAUCUGUGAUACAACUCAAGCAUAUUACAGAUGUUCUUUGGGCAACCGUUUGUGUACAUUCGAGCUUUAUCUUCUAGGAGAAAAUGCUGUUGUCCUAUCUUCACCUGGUCCUAAUGAGGAAACUGCUAACAGUAACUGGUAUGUUAAAGUAUCCUAUGGACCUCGAUGGAUUACAUAUUUCGUUGGAUCAGGUGUGAUGACCAUCCUCAUAUUAUUAGCCUUCAGAAUCAGUAAAAUUUUCCAGAGUAUAGAUGGAAUAGGACUCCAUGCCGGAGGGAUGGAAUCAGAACGAGCCCCAUUGCUUCCAGAAAAGGAUGAUGAUAUCUCAAGCUGGGGUUCAUCUUAUGAUUCUGCAUCGCAUGAUGAGGAGGAUCUGGAAGAGUGGCUGGCGAAGACUUUUCCUGAAGGAAAACCUUCAAACGAAGGGGAAAGCAACAAUACUCGUCUUUGUGUCGUUUGCUUCGAUGCACCAAGAGAUUGUUUCUUUCUUCCUUGUGGACAUUGUGCUACCUGUUUCACCUGCGGAACAAGGAUUGCAGAAGAUGCUGGUAGUUGUCCAAUAUGUCGCAGGAAGAUGAAGAAAGUUAGGAUGAUAUUUACAGUUUGAGGAGUUUAAUUAAGUAAUGGUUCUGCAGCCACUUCCUGAUGGUGUAAAUUCCAAUGCCCCACAGAAGAGCAUGGUUUUUUUUCUCACUGCCUGCAAUCAAUACAGACAUGUUUUGUAGAAUACAGGACUGUAUGAAAUUUGUUGCCAAGAGCUCCAUAAAGGUUUGAUUGAAGGCUUUGCAUAUUCUUCUAGAUAAAAGAAUCUCUGUCGUUAGUCAAUAUCAUGUAAAUCUCUUCUUUGUUUCCCCAGGUAGGCUGAACUGGUAUCCUCUGUAAAUUAUACUAUUACUUUUCAUUUCACCAAUUAA